AUGCAUUGUCAAUUUAAAAAUGUAUGUAUAUUUUCCAUUUCAUGUUUCGCUACAGAACUGGUAAAUAGCUCAGAUAACGUUUCUGAUAGUGAAGAUGGAGAGAUAGAUAUUACUGAUGACGUAGAGGAUGUCAAUUUAGAGUUAGAAGAAGAAAUUGUUAGCGAGGGUGGAUUGGCUGAUCAUUUGUGCAAAAAUGCUUUUGAUCCAUUCACUGGAAUGUGGAAAUUCAAUUCACCUUUUCCUCAUUCUGUGAGUCAAGAUCAGUUCGAAAGAAACUUGCUUGAUAAUUGUCGUCAAAGAAACCUCUUGGUAGCAUCGUUUGAAAACGAUACGUGUAUGAACUUCUUUCCCCUUUGUACAGCUGAGUUGUGUGAAUGUCAGGUAAUAAUUCUUAAUAGUAUCGUGUAUUGCUGUUUUAAUGGGAUCUUCAUACAUUCUUUAUGGUGUUUUUUUUACAAUUGCCCUGGAAAGUUAACAACGAUGGAAAUAAAGUUUAUGCUUUCGAUUGUGUUACUACACUUUAUACUUUAA